AUGCUCUUUCAAAGUCUCGCAUACUCUGCUCUUGCAGCAGUCCUGUCCGCAACGGCUCAGGCGACCAGCGUCACCCUCGACAGACGUCAGGGCGCCAACACUCCCCGAACCAAUGCCUCCAUUCCCGUCAAGUCUCUCGGAACGCUGAGCCUCAGCAAUGUCGGCUUCGCCGAGGUCAUUGCCCAGGGCGGGAAGAAUGCCCUAUUCGUGUCCUCGUUUGCCCUCCUCGGCGACUCGGUCCACCGCAUCAAUGACAUUUCCACCGUCAGCAGCGUCGGCCUCGGACAGCUGACGCCCACCAAGAUUGCCGGCAGCAUCACCUGGCCCAACGACAUCACCAUUGCCCCCGCCGAGGUCUUUGGCACCGAGGGCGUGCUGGUCGGCGGCGGCUUCCUCGUCCCGACAAAGACCAACGGUGGCAUUUACUACUCUGCCAACAGCGGCAGCCGGUCGACCAGCUGGGUCCAGCUCAUUGAGCAGUCGGGCUGGUGGUACCACCGCGUGCUCUUUGCCGACAUGGACGGCGAUGGCGUGCUCGACAUGGUCUCCUGCCGUGCGGACCAGCCCCUGCUGGGCGCGACCAAGACCAUGUUGGUCAUCCUCAAGCCCAAGGACGCGUCCAAGCCAACAGGCGAGUGGGUCGAGACAGAGAUUGGCGCCGGCUGCGACGCCCUCUUCACCGUCGCGGAUCUAGACGGCGACGGCUUCCCCGAAGUCAUUGCCCCGUCCUACUUUACCGAAAAGCUCAACAUCUUCCACUCCAAGACGGGAUUCGCCGACCCCGACGACGUGCAGACCGUCACCAUUGACAGCACCAUUGGCGCGGCCUUUGACGCCCAGUACGUCGACAUCAACGGCGACGGCGUCAAGGAUCUGCUCGUGUCCAACCACCAGGGCGACGGCACCGGCGGCGUCUACGCCUACGAGAUCCCCGCCGACGUGACCCAGGCCAAGGGCUACACGCGCCACACGCUGGCGUCCGGGUUCCCCGUCACCCAGCGCGGCCUGCAGCAGGCGGCGCCCGGCUCGCCUCGCGCCUUUUUCCCCACGCCCGAGAGCGAGGAGGCCGGGAUCCCGUACAUUGUGCUGGCGGGCGACGCCGCGCAGAGGGCCUAUGUGCUCAUUCCCGGAACGACCGAGUGGACCUACAAGACCACCUACCUGCACGACUGUGGAUGCACCGUCGGUCAAGUCAGCGCCGCGGAUGUCGACGGUGAUGGGUACAGCGAGAUCAUCAUUCCAUGCUACGACGACGGUGUGUUGGCUGCCUACACAUUUGCCACAUAA